AUGACCUCCUUGGCAGUGUUACCCCCUCUCAAGAAGACCAUUACCGAUGUCAUGGAUGAUGAUUUGUACCAGCCGGCUCCAGGGAGCUUGCAGGCUGGCUCAUCUCCUUCCUUGAACCCUGCUCAGAACCCGUCAUCCGCUGCACAGACCUUGUCGAAUUUGCUUAAUAUUCCUGAAUCGUUUGUUGAACACUAUAACCGUGUCAACGGCUCCAACACUCAAGUGAACUCCACUGUGCCCAGCCUAUUCCUCGACUCGAGUAACGAAUACCUGAAUUUCGAAUCCACUGCAUUGAACACUAACGGCGCUGCCGCCGAUGACCUAAUACCUGAGAACAUGCCUAACCAGCCAUACCCUUCCCCAUCACAGCAGCAUUUCGUCAGACCUGAGGUUCUUCAGAGAAGCUCUCAUCCAGCUAGAAGAAGACGCAUAACGACACUUGAACAGCCUGAUGUUGGAAAUGGUAAGAAAUACAACGACGAAGACUUCUAUUUAUUUAACACUGAUAUCCAGCCAUCCUCCUUGAUGACAAAUAACAGCUCAUUCUUCCCUAACGGUACAGACGACUCAUUUUUCAUUAUGGAUAGCGAUCUAGAUAAAUCUUCCCACUUGGGUACUGGCCCUGCCAGUCUCCCUGUGCCAGGUUUCGAGAGCGACUAUGUCAUGAUGGAUAAUAUUGCCGAAGAGUCUGAUUUCAGUGAUGAUUCAGACGAUGAGGAUGAUGACAACUACUUUCAAGAUGAUGACUUCGAUGACAUGAUGGAAUCGACUGCCGCUCCAGACCUUCAGUUCCCAUCCCCUGCUGGCUACGCUCCUUUCGAGUCUCCUCUCGAAGAGCCUGCCCAGGCUGCUCCUCAGCUCGGUGGUUUCAUGGAAACCCUCCAGAGAGCUCCUACGACUGAUAGCAUGGACUACGGAAGUGAACAGGAAAUUGCAUUCAAGAACGACAAUGAUGGUGUCAUGGUAAAUGAUCUACAGAGUAAUAAUCAUGUCGACUUGUUCAAGAGAGAAGAUGAGCCCAGAACGAUGCCUCACCAGUCCUUCACGAAUCAACACGCCACAGCUGCAGAGAUUACUGCUAACAAUCCUACGCAUGAAUGUACUAUGAUAAAUCCUUCCACUGGAACGCCUUGUCAUAAACAUUUCAGCAGACCGUACGAUUUGAUUAGACAUCAGGAAACGAUACACGCUGCUAAGAAGAAGAUAUUCCGUUGUGUGAUUUGCGAAGGCAGGGAGCAUGGUGGUGCCGGCAAUGGCAAGUCGAAGACGUUCUCCAGAGGCGAUGCCUUGUCAAGGCAUAUCAAAGUCAAGCAUGGGAUCAGUGGCAGGGACGCGGCCGACUUGAUCAAUGAGGCCAAGGAGAAUGUCGAGUACCUCAGUGUCUGUUGA